GCACUGAGCAGUUGGAUCUUCUGCAGUAGUGCUUCCACCAACAAAGAUACACUUUCUUAACCUCACUCUCAUUCUCUUCUUCUUCUUUGUUUACACAUUACCAAACACUCACAUUUUCAACAACAUGUUUGCAGUUGAAAAUGGGCUGCUAGGAGACCCAAGAUUACAGGCCAUUUCAGAUGCCAUUAGAGUUGUCCCUCACUUCCCUAAACAAGGAAUAAUGUUUCAAGACAUAACAACACUAUUACUUGAUCCCAAGGCGUUUAAGGACACAGUGGAUAUAUUUGUGGAUCGCUAUAGAGAUAUGGGAAUCUCUGUUGUUGCUGGAGUGGAAGCUAGAGGAUUCAUAUUUGGUCCGUCAAUUGCAUUAGCAAUUGGUGCGAAGUUUGUUCCUCUACGUAAACCUAAAAAAUUGCCAGGAGAAGUGAUAUCAGAAUCAUAUGAACUCGAAUAUGGAAACGACUGCUUGGAAAUGCAUACCGGUGCCGUUAAACUCGAUGAACGCGCUAUCAUCAUUGAUGAUUUAGUUGCUACUGGCGGAACGCUCUCUGCUGCCAUAAGACUGCUCGAACGCGUGGGAGCAGAAGUGGUGGAAUGCGCUUGUGUCAUUGGAUUGCCCGAGUUCAAGGGACAUCGGAGGCUAAAAGGAAAGCCAUUGUACAUUCUCGUGGAGCCGACUCAGUAGACGAAUUGAGAUCGGUGCGGCUGAGCCUGAAAAUGUCAUAGUCAAGUUUAUUUCUGCUUUAUUAUCUGUGAUUUAUGUUUGAACUAAAAAAAAGAUGAAAUUGAUAGUCAAGUUGUAUUAGCUUCUUCUCUAGUGAUAGUUUAGGCAUGCCUAAGAAUCCAAUUGACUCUGACAUUCAAGAGUUCCUGAAUUGCUAAAGGAAAAAAAAGUGACUUAUUGACA